UCUCCAUCACUGUGCAUAAUCUUUGAUCCAUUACAGUUAACUCUCCAAAUCCCUUCUCGGUGCAACAGUGAGAAGCACUACGAGCACCUUGGAAGGUGCUGCACCAAAUGUGAUCCAGGAAAGUAUAUGUCAGCGAAAUGCACUGCCAACUCUGAAAGCAUAUGUUUACCUUGUGGCCCAGAUGAAUACUUACAUACCUGGAAUGAAGAAGAUAAGUGUUUGCUGCAUAAAGUUUGUGAUGGUGGAAAAGGUCUGACAGUAGUUCACCCUGGCAAUCAAACCUUCCCACGGCAAUGUGCCUGUAUCCCUGGGUACCACUGGAAUGGCGACUCUGAGAGCUGUCAACGUAAUGGAAAAUGUGACCCAGGCUUUGAAGCUGAAAAUCCUUUACAGCCAAACAAGGAUCCAGGAUGUAAGCCAUGCCUCAUGGGCUACUUCUCCAAUGCUAAUUCUUACAACAAGUGUAAAUCCUGGACCAACUGCACCAAUCUUGGAAUGGUAGAAAAAGCUCCUGGGACUGAUAAGUCAGAUGUGGACUGUGCUCCUUUGCCACCUGAAAACCCAAGACAUGAAUCACCAAAAUACUUACAUAGUAUAAUUUUUCCACUCCUCCUGGCGUGUUUGGCAGUAAUUACAGUCAUCAUCUUUGGCAUCUACUAUAGGAAGGAAGGGAAAGCGCUGACAGCUAAUAUGUGGCACUGGGUCAAUGGCAUGUGCAGCAUCCUGAGACAGAAUAAGGAAUCCUCUGGAGAUAAUUUUAUCAAUGUACACGUGACAACAUCUAGUGCUAGCCAGGCUUACGAAGAUGUUUUUUUACUGACCCGAGAAGAAAAGAUGAUAUCCGAAGAUUCGUGUUAUCCUCAGGGACACAUUGUGUGUGGGGAAGCAGGUCGAUGUAAAGUAGAAGAAACUGCCAUGUUGUCCUUGGUCAAUGAGACUGAGGAAGAUAACUUUAGGCAGAUUCCUACAGAAGAUGAAUAUGUGGACCGAGCUCUCCAUGGUUCUGAUUGUUUGUUGUUAUUGAGUCAGCCUGGAAGCAAACCAGCUUCACCUUUCCCAGAGCCCUUGGAGGUCGGGGAGAAUGACAGCUUAAGUCAUUGUUUUACUGGUACCGAAAGUACGAUGGACUCCGAGAGCUCCUAUUGCUCUAAAUCCUCAUGCAGGACUGACUCCAUCCCUGUUUCCUCUGAAUCAUAUUUGCAGAAAUUUGUCCACUGUCAUGACAGCAUCCUUGCAAAGGAGGUGGAGAACAGUGACAGGAAUCAUUGGGCAGCCAACCCUGACUUAACAAAUGGCUAUGGGGGCAGCAGGGAGCCUCUCAGGAAGUACACUGAAACUUCUGAGAAGAAAGCUGACCACAUCACAGCAGCCUUUGAGAAUGGAACUUUCCCACAGUGCACCUGUGGCUUAGACUUUCCUCCAGAAAGUCAGAAUAUCUUUGCAAAUGAUGCUGAGGGUGAAGACUUGUCCUUCGAUGGUACUGAAGUGAAGUUCCCUAGCACAAAGAGAGGCAGUUCUGGGUCAGGUGGUGUUUCCAGUGACUCGCCUCUUGCAUCUGGAAAUGUGACUGGAAACAGUAACUCUACAUUUAUUUCAAGUGGGCAAGUAAUGAAUUUCAAGGGAGAUAUCAUUGUAGUCUACGUUAGUCAAAACUCCCAGGAGGGCCCCACCAUCCCAGGAACUGCGGGCGAAAACAUUGGCAGCCCUGUGCAAGAGGAGAACCUGAACCGCUGUGACACUUUUGCAGGGAAUGAUCUCCAUUUCAAAGAGAAAUGUGCGGAGAGUUCCCUGGGGAUCUUUUCUGAGGAUAAAGCACAAAAGUGCUUAAGAGAUCAUACAAGAAGACCAGGGCCAGGGAUUCAAGAGGAAACUCAACAUGGCCCUGAGAAAGAGAGCAGCCAGAGCCCAGCUUCUCAACCUGUACAGGAGGAAGGGAAUCCUAAAUCUUGUUCCCGGAAAGCUUGGCAGUGA